CCUCUUCCAUACUGCGUUGCCCACCAGAGACGACUGAACCUCCCGCCACCCGCACUUCGGGUUUCCCUCGGCUCUCCUUCCCUCUUUCCGUACCAGUUUUUAACCCAAUCCUCCCCCCGGUUAUAUCAUCCUCUCGAUUUCUCCAUCUUUCGGCACCAUACGAUUGGCGUAUCAUUCCUUGUGGCUUUGUCGCCGUCCAGGAACUCUAAUUCCAGCAGUGACACAGCUCUGUCGAGCGAAGAGGCUGUUCGGUCACGAAGGUGUAGCAGAAAUCGGGCUCGAAAGCACGGCCUUGGCAGGUUCUCUUUGGAUGGGGAAUGAUGUUGUUGGAGUUGUGAUAGAGCUACAAGAUCAUUAUAAUGUCAAGGUCAACAGUUCAAUAUGUUUGCAGCUCACGAAGAUAUUGGAUAGGAUCAAUUUGGUUCUCGCUGCAAUAGAAUCAGCUCGACCAGGAUGUACUUCUGGGAUACUUGAGCUAUGCUCUUUAAACAAUUCAAUUGAUAAAGCCAAGCUACUUCUUCAGCACAAUGCUGAAUCCAGCAAGCUCUAUUUGGCAAUAACAGGGGAAGCAACUUUAGCAAGAUGCGAAAGAAUAAGGGGCUCUUUGAUUAAAAGUCUGUGUCAGCUUCAGAAUAUGGUCCCACCAUCAUUAGCAUCUAAGGUUAGAUAGGCUCAAAGUUUGAAAUGUUUUUUACCUCAUUUUUUUGCAUUAGUAAGUUUCAUCUGCAUGCUUCUGAGGUAGAAUGCUUUCAAAAGAUGUUCAUGAUUGGUUAUUGAUGAGAAGUACAAUGAAUGGAUCUUGAUUCUGAAAUGUCAAGUACUUACAGUAAACUCUCACAGAAUGACUUUGUUUUUACCAAUGAGAUUAUGCCAGAGGUUUAUUCCAUAGCCAAA